AUGGCUAGUACACCAAAGCGAAGAAAGUGUGUAUGUGAUGAAGAACUGAAGAAAAUGAAAGAACAAGCUGACAAGAUAUUUCUAACCGAACAAAGACUGGAAUUAGCAGAAUUAGCAGAAAAGUUACAAGAACAAAGCAAAACGGAGUUUCAACAAGCAACUAUAAGCAAUGGAUACGCGUAUGGACCACCUCAUUUCAAAUAUUUCGAACCAAACAAAAUGGAGUUUCAACAAGCAACUAAGGCGUGGAUACGAAUGGAUGGAGAACAGCAGUUAUCACUCAUUUACGCCACCGAUGAUGGUAUAAUUCGACCCCCUAUUCCCCCACCCAUCCCCAUCGAUGCUGUGGCCGAUAAUAAACGCUAUGUUGUAGCAUCAUUUGAACAAAAGAAGGAACCAGAAGAUGUGUACACAAGUCCUGAUUUAUGUACUAUUAGUUAG